UUACACAUGUUUUCAUGAUCUCACGUGUUGUACUAAGUUGUUGUUAUAAUAUAUUAUUAUCAUGUCCUCGAAGAAAAGUAAGAACAAAUCCAAGCGGAGCAGCGAGGGGGACAGCUCCAACGACUCGUUUAUCCUCCAGAACCCGAGAGACGUCCACUCCUUCUCAGUGCAGGACUUCAUUGAUAAAGCAGACGACAGGACCCCCAGCAGGGCCAGGUGGGCUCUGGCUCAGGUGAGUCUGGGGUCCAUGAAGGCGACCGGCCUCUGCAUCGGCCGGCCGGCUCUGCUGACCACUGCCGCCGGACGCCAGGAGGUGUGUCUGGCCUGGCCUGUGGCCUCCUUCCCAGCUGCCAGGGUCGGCCUCCAGCGCAAUAUCCAGACCAGCCUGGGAGUGAAGCCUGGAGAUGGAUUAACGAUCUACCCAGUGACGGGGCCCCUGCUGCAGGCUCAGGAGGUGGUGCUGUCCCCCCGGCAGAAAGAUGAAACACUUGAAACAGAAGAGUUUAAGAACUAUUUCCUGCAGUCUUUGGAGGGCCGGGUGCUGCUCCCGGGCUCCCAGCUGUCCCUGACGUACUACGGCCGCGCCUGCAGCCUGCGCGUGGAGGAGGUGCGAGGGGAGGACGGAGCGCUGCUGCGGGGGCCCGCCGCCGCCGCGGCCCCUGGGCCUGACGCUGAGGACGGGGCCCCUGCGGACCCCUCGCUCCUGGGCUGCCCCUCCUCGGACCUCUCCCUGCAGCUCAGCCUGCUCACCGUGGAGGAGCAGCAGGAGGAGGCGUGCUCCCCCGUGGUCAGCACCCCGCUGCGACACACUGCCCUCCCCCGCGACCCUCUGUCACCUGUCAGUCAUCCUCCAAGACCCGCCCUCCUCCUCUCCCCCGGGUUCCCCCAGAGCCCCCUGCAGGCGGGCACCCCCCCUCUGGCGCCCCCUGGUGGCGUGCAGUGCUCCGACGCCUUCUACCGCGUCUCCGGCGACACCGCCGUCGUCUUCAGGGACAGGAGGCAGCGAGGCGCGGAGGGGCCGGAGGCGGGGCAGGAAGCUCCCCAGGCCAACAAGGUCACCUACAGUAUGAUUGGCGGGCUGAGCAGCCAACUGGAGGCGAUCCGGGAGACCAUCGAGCUGCCACUCACACGGCCCGAGCUGUUCUCAAACUACGGUAUCCCGCCCCCAAGAGGAGUCCUCCUGUACGGGCCUCCGGGCACUGGGAAGACUAUGAUUGGACGAGCCAUAGCCAAUGAGAUCGGAGCCCACAUGACCGUCAUCAACGGCCCGGAGAUCAUCAGCAAGUUCUACGGGGAGACAGAGGAGCGGCUCAGACAGAUCUUCACCGAGGCGUCUCAGAGGAAGCCAGCGAUCAUCUUCAUCGACGAGCUGGACGCUCUGUGCCCCAAGAGAGACGGAGCCCAGAGCGAGGUGGAGAAGAGGGUGGUGGCCUCCCUGCUGACCCUCAUGGACGGCAUCGGAUCAGAAGCUCACUCUGGACAGGUGCUGGUCCUGGGAGCCACCAACCGGCCCCACGCCCUGGACCCCGCCCUGAGGCGGCCCGGGCGAUUCGAUAGGGAGCUGGAGGUGGGGGUCCCCAGCGCCGCCGACCGCCUCGACAUCCUCCGGAAGCUUCUGACCGCUGUCCCCCAUGAGGUCGACGCCCACGACCUCGCCCGGGUCUCUGACUCCGCCCACGGAUACGUCGGAGCCGACCUAUCGGCCGUCUGCAAGGAGGCAGGCGAGUUCCCCAUCCUGGAUCAGAGUGGUCCGUGUGGACGGAUGGGCUGUGGGGAGGCCGGGGAGGGACCGGACCCCAGCCAUGAUCCUGGCUGGGGUCUUGAGAAAGGACCUGAGACCAGGACCAGGACCUUAGACCAGGACCUGAGACAGGACCAGGACCUUAGACCAGAACCUGAGACAGGACCUGAGACCUGGACCAGGACCUGA